AUUUCUCAGGGAGCCUGGCAAUUGUUCCCAACUUUUGCCGUGCACAAGGAGUCAAAUCCCAACGGGAAGGGGAGGUCAGUGCGGAAAAGCGCCAGUUCACGCCAGAUGAGGCUCGGUUACCGCACACCCCUCGCUGGAGGUCCAAUUCAGCCAAUUAGAGGCUGGCUCCCCGUUUGUGCUCGUAGCCAUUCCUCAGACUGCAGAACCGCCCAGCUGGAAGCCGAGGGCGCCCAGGGAGGCCUGCGGCUGCCCACGCCUCGCAAGACGGGCACCACCAUAGCGGGGGUCGUGUACAAGGAGGGGAUCGUGCUCGGGGCAGACACCCGGGCCACCGAGGGGAUGGUGGUCGCCGACAAGAACUGCUCCAAGAUCCACUUCAUCGCGCCCAACAUCUACUGCUGUGGGGCAGGAACAGCCGCGGACACCGAAAUGACGACGCAGAUGAUUUCUUCCAACAUGGAGCUUCAUUCCCUUUCAACCGGGCGGCUGCCGAGAGUUGUGACAGCCAAUCGGAUGCUGAAGCAGAUGCUUUUCAGGUACCAGGGAUACAUUGGGGCAGCCUUGGUUCUCGGUGGGGUUGACGUGACUGGGCCUCACCUCUACAGCAUUUACCCCCACGGAUCGACUGACAAGCUGCCUUACGUCACGAUGGGUUCUGGAGCGCUGGCAGCCAUGGCCGUCUUCGAGGACAAGUUCAAACCUGACAUGGAGGAAGAGGAAGCCAAACAGCUUGUGAGAGAUGCCAUUGCAGCUGGCAUAUUUAACGACCUGGGCUCCGGCAGUAAUAUUGAUCUCUGCGUCAUCAGCAAGAGCAAGCUGGACUUCCUCCGUCCAUACAACACGCCCAACAAGAAGGGGGAAAGGCAAGGAAAAUACCGGUGUGAGAAGGGAACCACGGGCAUCCUGUCUGAAAAGGUGACACGCCUGGAGCUCGAAGUGGCAGAGGAGGCGGUGCAGACCAUGGAUACGUCCUGAUUUCCGGCGGAGAUGCCAGGGCAUGGAUUGGGGACCGAGAGUAUUCCUUUUAAGUUGAAAUGCUUUUGGAAUGUUGCAGUGAACCAAAUUAAUAAACCAAUAAUGGGAACGGC